AUGCUCGGUUUCCCAAAAGAGUAUUCAACGGUCUCGCUCGCCAGUACUAUCAACUCCGGGGAUCCGCCACGCCAACGCAGUCAGGUCAGGAUGGAUACCUGCGACACCUCCAAUGGCUACGAUGGUCGCAUGGGACUUCGCAUAUCAUCCAUCUUCGUCAUCUUAGUAGGCUCACUAUUUGGCGCCGUCUUCCCCGUCCUCGCCAAACGACUUGGUGGGAAUGGAAUCCCCUCAUGGACUUUUUUCAUUGCCAAAUACUUUGGGUCAGGGGUUAUUAUUGCCACGGCUUUUAUUCAUUUGCUUGCUCCUGCUGAGGAAGCUCUAACUAAUCCUUGUCUGACCGGUCCGAUUACUGAGUAUAGUUGGGUGGAGGGAAUUGUGUUGAUGACGAUCGUGGUUAUGUUUUUUGUCGAGUUGAUGGUGAUGCGGAAUUCUUUUCCGGACGGACACGGACAUGGACAUUCGCACGGCGACGAAGCAGAACACUCGCACGAUCACUCGCAUUUGCAUGCGGAAUUGCCGACUCAAGAGAUAGAUGCUACCACUGGAUUGCCGAUCAAUACUGCCAACAAAGAACAUGAACAUAUCCCUGGCAACAACCAUCUCAGCCAUACCCGGGACCACCGCGACCUCGAGUCCGCCAAAUCCCCUUUGAUUUCCGCCGAGGAAUACGCAGCCCAACUCACAGCUGUAUUCAUUCUGGAAUUUGGCAUCAUUUUCCACUCCGUCUUUAUCGGCCUCACACUCGCCGUAUCAGGCAACGACUUUAUAACGCUGUACAUCGUGUUAGUCUUUCAUCAAACCUUUGAAGGUCUCGGACUGGGUUCACGAUUAGCCACCCUACCCUGGCCUGAAUCCAAACGCUUCACACCUUACCUUUUGGGUAUUGGAUACGCAAUCUCAACACCAAUUGCAAUCGCAAUCGGACUUGGUGUGCGCCACACGUAUCCUCCCGGCGGUCGAACAACGUUGAUUGUCAACGGUGUAUUCGAUUCUAUCUCCGCCGGAGUUCUGAUUUAUACCGCCCUUGUCGAACUGAUGGCUCAUGAGUUUAUGUUUAGUUCUUCCAUGCGUCGGGCGCCGUUAAGUACGGUGCUAUGGGCAUUCUUUUUGAUAUGCCUUGGUGCUGCGUUGAUGGCAUUAUUGGGUAAAUGGGCUUAG